UGGGAAGCGUGUUUGCAGUUUCACUCUUGAAUGCUGCCUUAGUCAACAUAUUGACCAACCCAGGGAGCCAAGCUCUGUAUUAAGCACCAGGGGGAGAUCUAGAGGAAGGCAAGGAGACAGGCCACAGCCCCUGCCUUCAGGGAGCUUCCAGUCAAAUGAAGGAGGCAAGUCUCCUGGCUUGUGAAGGCCUAGCAGGUGUGAGUUUGGUUCCCACUGCAGCCAGCAAGAAGAUGAUGCUGAGCCAGAUUGCCAGCAAGCAGGCCGAGAAUGGAGAGCGGGCAGGUAGCCCUGAUGUGCUGAGGUGCUCAAGUCAGGGCCACCGAAAGGACAGCGAUAAGUCCCGGAGCCGCAAAGACGAUGACAGCUUGGCUGAGGCCUCUCAUUCAAAAAAGACUGUUAAAAAGGUGGUGGUAGUGGAACAAAAUGGUUCCUUUCAAGUAAAGAUUCCCAAAAAUUUUGUUUGUGAACACUGCUUUGGAGCCUUUAGGAGCAGUUACCACCUCAAGAGGCACAUCCUUAUUCAUACUGGUGAGAAGCCGUUUGAGUGUGAUAUAUGUGAUAUGCGCUUCAUCCAGAAGUAUCACCUGGAGCGUCACAAGCGUGUGCACAGUGGUGAAAAGCCCUACCAGUGUGAACGGUGUCAUCAGUGUUUUUCUCGGACAGAUCGAUUACUCAGACACAAACGGAUGUGCCAAGGUUGCCAGUCCAAGACUUCCGACGGGCAGUUUUCUCUAUAGGCGCAAGGGGCCCUGGGUGGUGGGAGUGAUCAGAAGAAUCUACCGAAGAGCGCACCCCCUCUGGUCUGAUGGUCCCACCACCACCCCAUCUGUACCUGUCCCCCUCCUGGAGGAGUGGACCCAGGAAACCAGAAGAGUGCAUCAGGGGACAGCGGGCCCUAGAGCUUCAGCUCUGUAAAUAAUCUGAGACUAUGAGUAUCUCGGGGAAGUUCCUCCAGCAUUCCUGGGUAGGGAAGUUAGUCCCUGGACCCUUGGCUGAGGUCAUAGGUGGGGACUCAAGGUACAGGACCAAGACUGAAGUGUGGCUCCCACAACCUUGGACUCCAGCUGGCAGCUGAAAUGGGAAAGAUUGGGGAGAGGGAUUUCUUUGUUCUGUUCUUGUUUUUGUUUAUCCAAAAGCAGUUUCAGCAGGUGCAGUGUAGAAACAGGUAAUAUGGAAGUGUAGAGUCCUGGUCAAAGCAGGAGCUAUGGCUGGUCCAGCCCUCCCCAAAAUUGAGUUUUUAGUUGCAGUUGAUCCUCAAUGUUCCACAGCCCUGUACCUCACCUCCUGUUUGAAGGAGACUGGGAUCAGGGAUGGCAGCUGAGCUUACUUUGGCCUCCUUAUACACUGUAGGGAUAAAAAGAAGAACAGUGGGAGGAGCAGACAAGGGCUGGAUCCAAGGAGAGUGGACAGGUACCUCUUAUUUCCUUCGGGGAAGAGCAGGAGUUGUGGCCCUGGGUAUUGUAAUGGCCCAUGCCACACUGGUACCUAAUGGGGUCAGCUCAAGUGCCUUUUGGAGGAAACUUGGGUGUACAUGGCCCAUGAAGCCCCUUUCCUUUCUCUCUCUGGGCAGUUGAUCUUGGAGAUAGUUUUUUGGCUACCUCGCUGAUAUGACUCCUAAGCUAGACAGAGAUGUUGAGCAGGGAGUCAUGGAUGUCAAAGUGGGUUCUCUCCUUGUGCCCUCUUAGGAACAACCCAAGACUAGUCCCAAGCUGAGUAACAGCUGUUCAAGAAGCAAAGGAAUUUGGUGUCCCCUGACAUGACUGUUGAGCAGUGUGAGCUGUUCUCCCUGUCCAAGUCCUAUCACUGUAUUCAGGUAGAGGAGGUAGGGGUUUGGCCUUUGGUCCCAAAGAACAAGGUCUUGGCUUCCGUCUUGAUGGCUGCCCCUACCCAACAAAGAACUGUUGGGGGCAGAUGUGGGGGUGUGCUGCAGAGAAAAAACUGAGGAAGAAACCUAACAUAGGUUUUAUUCUUAACCAGAUUCUUUGCUCCUCUCUGUUCCAACACCACCACCCUAUCCGCCCCCAAGAAAGUGAUCAGGGGUGUGUGUGUGUGUGUGUGUGUGUAUAUGUGUGUAUGGUAUGGUAUGGUAUGUGAGUGUUCACGUUUGUUUGCUUGAAGAUGGCAUAUUAUUGAGCCAACCCUUCUCCAGCCCUCAACUCGGGAGGAUGAGCAUACAACAGCUUCUUCCCACACCCCCAAACCUGAAGGGUGCUUGAAGUCCCAGCAGGAGCAGAAGAACUCAGUUUAGGGGACAAGCGGGCUUUGUUUUGGAGUGGUUUUUUAGAUUGAUUCGACAGGCCAGUGGCUGAGAUGUUUCUAACCUAAGCCCCUACGAAUUUUCUAUAGUGAAAUAAAAACCUUGUUUCUCCUGCUAAGGAAAGGAUCCUCAUGAGAGGGUCUGGGGUUUGGUUGAUCCCCAGGUUGUGGCCGGCCCCAACCUAGAGGGCGUGAGUAAUCAUGGAGUAAUCAUGGAGACUUGGUGAACCUGACCAAGCUGUCAGUGGGGGUCUGAGAUGUGAUUUCAUUUUCCAGAAGAUGUAGGGAAUAGCAGCAGCAGACUCCUAGCUGCUACCUACUCUAGAGGUGAUAACGGGGUGGGAGUGAGGGCAGGGGGGUCUCCAUACCUCUUGGGUGUGAGGAUUUCAGGGAAAAAGAAAAGAGGUGUAGCACCCUUUAGAUCUUCCCUGACCGCAUUGCAUCGGAGAUCCUGUGGGGGAGAUGCUGGGAAUGUGUGUGCUGCCUGUGCUUUUCUGGUUUUAUGUUGGCACUCCCAUUUGAUCGUCCAGAGACCAGACCUCAAGUCCUUGGACAUAUCCUUGGUCCCUGCAAGUAGGGCAUCUUUCUGCAUGUGAGCCAGCCCCCUCCCUGUUAGAGGGCUCUGCUGGGGGCUGGGCUUUGUCUGGAUACAUUUAGAAAACUCUUGUCUUUUCAAGAGCGCUUUGGAAAAUGGGAGGCUUUGCUCCCUGCCACUUGCCGCUAAUUUGUUUAGGGUUGGGGUGGGUUGGGAGUAUGUGUGGAGAGAAUCACACGAGUGAUCUGUGCCCCUGCAUGUACGAAUGUAUGUUUAGGUCAGAAUGUGCCCUGGCCUGCUGCAGGCCUAGGCAUCCUGCCUGGGUGGGUGUGAGAAAGGGAAUUUCUAAGUGUAUGUGCAGAGAGCUAUACCAGAACCACCCCUGCUGAGGGUGGGUGAGGGGGAAACUUGGGACCGAUGGUUAGCUCAGUUGUCCAGGUGCAGAUGAUCGGGGGCCAUGGACGUGUAAGGAGAGGAGCAAAGAUGUGAAAGGAGUGAUUUAGCACCCAGAGGGCCCAGGAGUCUCACACCCCAGGGAAACCACAGACUAAGACCGCUGCAAAGGCUUCUGGACCCAGUGUCCCACCCCUUCUGUGCGGGGGUGGGGGUGGGGGCGUCUAGCACUGGAAAGAUGCCUCAGGUGUGUUUGGAGUGAAGGGAAAGGGAGGUAGGGCCGGCUCUCUGAGACCAGGACGUGGGAUUUGGGGACCUGGGAAAGAGUAGCACCAGUUCCUGGGUGGGUUGCUGUUCCAGGCCCCAACAGCCCUGCCCUUCCCAGCACCCCAGGUCUUUUCCGUCCACCCCCCAACAGCCUCUUGUCAUCACUUAGCUACUGAUUGUGCCCCAUGGCUUGACUUAGGAGGGUUACUUGAGGUGCGGAGUCCCGCCACAGCUUUUAAUCCUCUCCCCAGAUGUUCUUUGCCUCUGUGUGGCCCUGGGGCUUUUAUCAUAACAACCCCUCCUACCCUUCCUCUCCACCCUUUUUUUUUUUUUUUAAUAUACUUAUUUUGCUAUUGGGGGAGGGGAUAUCAAAUGAACAAGAUCACUUUUAAAUGGUAGUUUUUAUAAGAUGUUAUAAACUUGUAUCUUUUUACCAUUAAAGUGCAGUGUAUGUUCCUUCGUGAUAUAUUUAGGAUAUUUAAAUAAAAAGAAAAUGGGGCUUUUGUA